AUGGAUUGGUUAAAACCAAACGCUCGGUCACAGAAUGGUAGACACACACACCACACCCCAAGGUGCAUGAAAUGUGCUAUGAAGGAACACGCCGAAAAAGAACGACGUGCGAAACUUGCGAAAAGUUGGGAAGUUCCAAAAGUUCCUAUGUUGAAUAAUUCUCGAGCGGCUGAGGAUAAUUGUAUUAAUAAAGGAACGUUAUAUGAAGAGAAUGUGACUGAAAAUCUGAGUAAACUUACGGAUGACUCUCCCAUAUUACCACCUUUGAAGACAUCCCCGAGAAUGGAGAUUAUAAUAAACGAUACCCAACUUGAAAACGAGAAACGGGUGAUCCGGAAAUAUAACAGAAGGCAGCGACCAGAAUCAAAAUAUGAAAGUGACGAUUUAAUUUUCCCCAGUGCUUACAAAUCAUUUUUAGAUGAGCCCGGACAGAAAAAUAAGUACAUGUAUAAAAUGUAUUUAGAAGAAGUCAAAGCCCGCCAUAGAGAUGCCCCAGUGCCCUCUGUGGCAGUUUCCGGAAGUAGAAUAACUAUUCCAAGUGGGUGCUCCGAAGACGUCCCUUUCCAAGAUGAACUAUAUCCCGAAGGUCACAACUGUGAUUUGACAGGGAAAAGAACUUGUAAACAAUGUAUUGAACACCGAGAUAAGGCUUUUGCGAAGGAGCACGAACAACAACUCAUAGACGCUGCAAUGAAUGGUGAUAAGCCUUCGAGACAUUCUUAUAACCCUUCGCCUUUUCAGAGGGUUAGAAACAGACGUAUAAAUAAUGCUAAAACUAUAGAGCCAACAUAUGUUGGCAAAAAGAAUAACUACAUUGCGUUUCCUGGAAUGACGUCUAAUAUCAAACGUCGUUUAAGUUUAUCCGUGAAGCGUGAAGUUGGAGAGGAUGACAAGAACGGAUGUAUACAACAGUAGUAUUAGAUAUUCUGAGGAUUAUCAUAUAGACAUAUACAUGUACAAUCCCCGCAAAAAGUAUGCAACGGGAAAUCCCCCUUUUGACGAUCUGUUAGACUCUUUAAAUUUAGCAAAUGUUUUAUUUUGAGACCUAUUAUAAAUUAGUGAUAAAAUUAUUUGCUUUAAUACGUUAUCCAACAUGGUCUUGCGGUUGCUAAACUUUGGCAUAUUUUGGAAUAUUAUCAUAUAACAUGUGUUACUCAGUUUUUUUAUUGAAUAAUCUAUUCAUCAAUUUCUUAGAAAGUAUUUGUUAUUAGAAUCAAAUUGAUUGAUUAUAUGCUUUUUAUGUCACCGCAAGAAGUGGUCGUGGUGACAAAUUGUUAUGGUCUCCAACUUUCUUGUGGACGGUAUUCAGCGUCUGUAAAAAUGGCAGGUUAGUACUUUGUACAGGGUUGGCCAAAAAUGUUAUUGAUUCACUAAAUGUAGUAACUCAUUCAUUAUUGGCAUUAUUUGGGAUUGGCUAAGAGCUGAUGCGCAAGUUUUUGUCCACAUAAGUGGUUUUCAUGUACGUUUCUGUGUUCUUGGUGGCUAAAACCAUUAAUACGGAAUAAAUCUUGCAUCAAUUCUCAGUCAUCUCAGACACUUUGAGACCAAUCAUGCCAAUAAUGAUUUUUUUCCAAAAUCAAAAAUAAUGAAUGAGUUAUUACACUUUAAAAUCAGUAACAUUUUUUGGCCCAACCUAUAUAUAUUCUAAGAGCAUUUCAUCAUUAUUAGUGGAAAAUCAACAUUGACAUUAAUUAUCAUAAAACGAAAUAUUAACAUCGUUCUACUUUUGUUUUUCCAUUUGUUUUGUUAAGUAGAAGUCAAAUAUCAACCAACCAAUGUGCAAGAUUAAAGUGUGAAGUAGAAUAGAGUAGGCUAUAAUGCCUGGUAAAUAAUAAACACAAUUCAGUGAAUUCACAGGUAGUCUGCACCUAUUACGUUCUUGCCAAUCAGAAUGCAUUUUUACCGAUACAAUAUACGUAUAAUAAAAAAUAUUUAUCUGAAAUGUCAUUUCCUUGUUUUUAUUUUGUCCAAGUGUCAGUAUUAAUCAAAUUCAGCAACUGGUACUUACAAAUGUUUCCCAGAGUUGAAAUAUAUGUCACGUGAGAAAGGAAUUAGUGCAAAAAAUUUAGUGCAAUUUUUUUUUCAAAAUCCUGCCGCAGCGGCUGGAAAGGACCACGGAAAAUAUAUAGAUUCCAGACAAUCAUAUGUUGGAUUAUGGCUUUUUUCUGAAAAUUUAAACGGGUACAUUAUGGCAGGCCAAUGAAUUACCUCCAAGAAAUGAAAUAAUUUGGAGUUUCAGACAGGGAAGGUGCACCAACAUGUUUUACCUGAAAUGCAGCGAUACUUUUUGUGGUCCUUUGAGAAAACCACUACUUGUCUUAGGAAACGUUGCUUCAGCUGGCUUUAGCCAAGUGUGCUCAGUAACAGUCAAGACACCGACGUUUUAUUUUCAUUUCUUUAAUUGUUGCACGGUAAAGCCACACAAAACAAGUCGUUUAUUAUUGCAGUGAAAUUAGAGAGAUACAUUCCUCUCUGAUACUUUAUAACCGAAAGAUCAUUUUCACAUUUUGAGGAUUAACUAGAUUUAGAUUUAAAGACAAACGGGUAUAUAUUCGAGGUACGUGUACAAGGCCAUGGAUAUACCAGCUCCUAGUUGUUGAGCAUAACAGCGUUUAUCCAUGGGACGAAUGAUGUCACCCUCUGUCCUAUGCCCGG